GAGAUGGUGUUUCACCAUGUUAGCCAGGAUGGUCUCGAUCUCCUGACCUUGUGAUCCACCCGCCUCAGCCUCCCAAAGUGCUGGGAUUACAGGCGUGAGCCACCGCGCCCGGCCUAUGAGUUGUAUGUUCUGAUCCUCCCUCUUGAAGUUGCCUUCUGUGUUCUAAGGAGGGCCUGAAGGAUCAGGUAAAAACUUCAGGGUGACCUUCACUGGAGGGUGAGGGCUGGAUCCCAGCCUGGGCCCAAAGAGCCGUCAGCUGCCCAAGUUCCACUGUCCAUGAGAGCCACCGCAGCCCCUCCCUGGGACAAGCGAGCAGACCUCAGUCUUGUAACUCUCUCGCCUAGACCUCUUCAGCCCAGGGCCUUGAGAGCUAUUCCUAGCUUUGCUAUGGUUACUGUCCUCCCCCAGUUCAGGGGCAGCAGGUGGGACCUGGUGCCCUGGGGAUAACCCCUGUUUCUCCCAUAAUAGGCACAGGCAGGAAGGGACAGAAGCCCCUGCCUGUUCUGGGGCUGUCCCUCUGAGGAAGGAGUUGGUCUCCACACUCUGACCCCCCCUACAAACCAUGCCCUGGAGACAGGAGAACCCCCUGCCCCUGAGUGCCAACCCACAGGCCUCAUCCCUGGCCACUCAGCACCUGGCUUUGAAGGGCUGUUUUAUGUGACAGCCACUCCCCUGUCUGUCAUGAGGGGGCCCGGGUGCUCAUCUCUGAUUGAUGGAGCCCUGCAGUCAAGACUGGGCAUUCCUGUCCAACAGGUGCCAGAGUUGCGAAAGGCCUGUGACGGGGCACUCCACUCUUCCCUUGGCUGCUGUUCUGGGACUCACCCCUGCUUUCCUUCUGCUCAGCCCCUGGCAGCAAGCUCCAGACUGGGACUGCAGAGCUGGGAGUUCAGGGCUGGGUGGGGCAGGCCCAGGUGGUAAUGGCUGGGGCGUGCCACGGAGGUGUCCGGAGCUCUAGUAUAGGCUCAGGGUGCCUCGUUUCCUGGACAGGUGGCUGGUCCAGGAAUGGGUGUGGAGCUUAGGUGGAGCAGAGGCAGCGGGUGGGAGGGACUUGGGACCAACUGGGACAUUACAUCCCUGGCUCUGGAUUAGAAAGCCCACAGUCCUUGAUCCUGCGGCCACCGCUCCAUCAUUCCUGCUCCUAAGGACUCGGUCUCAUGGCUCUGGCAGAGGUGUCCAGGACCUGCCUGCUCACGGUUCGUGUCCUGAAGGCCCAUCGCCUACCCUCUAAGGACCUAGUGACCCCCUCUGACUGCUACGUGACUCUCUGGCUGCCCACAGCCUGCAGCCACAGGCUCCAGACACACACAGUCAAGAACAGCAGUAGCCCUGUCUGGAACCAGAGCUUUCACUUCAGGAUCCACAGGCAGCUCAAGAAUGUUGUGGAACUGAAAGUCUUUGACCAGGACCUGGUGACCGGAGAUGACCCUGUGUUGUCAGUGCUGUUUGAUGCGGGGACUCUGCGGGCUGGGGAGUCCCGGCACGAGAGCUUCUCACUGAGCCCUCAGGGUGAGGGGUGCCUGGAAGUGGAAUUUCGCCUGCAGAGUCUGGCUGACCGUGGCGAGCAGCUCGUCAGCAAUGGCGUUCUGGUGGCCCGGGAGCUCUCCUGCUUGCACGUUCAACUGGAGGAGACAGGAGACCAGAAGCCCUCAGAGCGCAGAGUUCAGCUGGUGGUUCCUGGGUCCUGUGAGGGUCCGCAGGAGGCCUCUGUGGGCACUGGCACCUUCCGCUUCCACUGCCCAGCCUGCUGGGAACAGGAGCUGAGGAUCCACCUGCAGGAUGCCCCCGAGGAGCAACUAAAGGUGCCACUGAGUGCCCUGCCCUCUGACCAAGUGGUGAGGCUUGUCUUCCCCACGUCCCAGGACCCCCUGAUGAGAGUGGAGCUGAAAAAAGAAGCAGGACCGAGGGAGCUGGCCGUGCGACUGGGCUUCAGGCCCUGUGCAGAGGAACAGGCCUUCCUGAGCAGGAGGAAGCAGGUGGUGGCCGCGGCCUUGCGGCAGGCCCUGCAGCUGGAUGGAGACCUGCAGGAGGACGAGAUCCCCGUGGUAGCUAUUAUGGCCACUGGCGGUGGGAUCCGGGCAAUGACUUCCCUGUACGGGCAGCUGGCCGGCCUGCAGGAGCUGGGCCUCUUGGAUUGCGUCUCCUACAUUACUGGGGCCUCGGGCUCCACCUGGGCCUUGGCCAACCUCUAUGAGGACCCAGAGUGGUCUCAGAAGGACCUGGCAGGGCCCACUGAGUUGCUGAAGACCCAGGUGACCAAGAGCAAGCUGGGUGUGCUGGCCCCCAGCCAGCUGCAGCGGUACCGGCAGGAGCUGGCCGAGCGUGCCCGCCUGGGCUACCCAAGCUGCUUCACCAGCCUGUGGGCCCUCAUCAACGAGGCGCUGCUGCACGACGAGCCCCAUGACCACAAGCUCUCGGAUCAGCGGGAGGCCCUGAGUCAUGGCCAGAACCCUCUGCCCAUCUACUGUGCCCUCAACACCAAGGGGCAGAGCCUGUCCACUUUUGAAUUUGGGGAGUGGUGCGAGUUCUCUCCCUACGAGGUCGGCUUCCCCAAGUAUGGGGCCUUCAUCCCCUCUGAGCUCUUUGGCUCCGAGUUCUUCAUGGGGCGGCUGACGAAGAGGCUCCCGGAGUCCCGCAUCUGCUUCUUAGAAGGUAUCUGGAGCAACCUGUAUGCGGCCAGCCUCCAGGACAGCUUAUACUGGGCCUCAGAGCCCAGCCAGUUCUGGGACCGCUGGGUCAGGAACCAGGCCAACCUGGACAAGGAACAGGCCCCCCUUCUGAAGAUAGAAGAACCGCCCUCAACAGCCAGCAGGAUAGCUGCGUUUUUCACUGAUCUUCUGACACGGCGCCCACUGGCCCAGGCCACACAUAAUUUCCUGCGGGGCCUCCACUUCCACAAAGACUACUUUCAGCACCCUCACUUCUCCACCUGGAAAGCUACCACUCUGGACGGGCUCCCCAGCCAGCUGACACCCUCGGAGCCCCACCUGUGCCUGCUGGAUGUUGGCUACCUCAUCAACACCAGCUGCCUGCCCCUCCUGCAGCCCACUCGGGACGUGGACCUCAUCCUGUCAUUGGACUACAACCUCCACGGAGCCUUCCAGCAGCUGCAGCUCCUGGGCCGGUUCUGCCAGGAGCAGGGGAUCCCGUUCCCGCCCAUCUCGCCCAGCCCCGAAGAGCAGCUCCAGCCUCGGGAGUGCCACACCUUCUCCGACCCCACCUGCCCCGGAGCCCCUGCGGUGCUGCACUUCCCUCUUGUCAGCGACUCCUUCCGGGAGUACUCGGCCCCUGGGGUCCGGCGGACACCUGAGGCGGCGGCGGCUGGGGAGGUGAACCUGUCUUCAGUGGACUCUCCCUACCACUACACGAAGGUGACCUACAGCCAGGAGGACGUGGACAAGCUGCUGCGCCUGACACAUUACAAUGUCUGCAACAACCGGGAGCAGCUGCUGGAGGCCCUGCGCCAGGCAGUGCAGCGGAGGCGGCAGCGCAGGCCCCAGUGAUGGCCGGGGCCCCUGCCUGGCCCCGCCACCCCUGACUCUCAUUCAUUCCCUGGCUGCUGAGUUGCAGGUGGGAACCGUCACCACCCAGUGCUUCAGAGCCUCUGGGGCCUCAGCAGUUUGCAGUGGGGUAAGGAGGCCGAGCCCAUUCGUGUAAUCACCCCAUGGCCCGUGUCUGUCUUCCCUUCUGCGCUACCUUGAGUAGUUGUACAAGGUGAGAUGGAACACUUGAUACAUUACAGACUCAUACAAAUGUGA